CCCAGCUUUUCCGAUGUUGCUGAUUUCGCUAUACCGCCCAGCACUUCCCAUACUUCAGUCUUCUUCAAUCCUACGGCAGACGAUGUAGCAGCCAUCCAACAGCUCCGAACAGAGUCCCUCGCCACAGACGCACCUCUACCACGUCCUCCAUCCGCCGUAGUCCUUGGUGCAGACCUUCUCAAUGCUGCGCGGAUAGAUCACCGACAUAGUAGUCCUGUGGUUGGCAUGGCACGGAAGAAUCGCACCGGCAAGCUCAAGCGGGCGAGCUUGAUCCCCGAGAGUGCCAGAACGAACCUCGCUGUGCGAGGUGAUGUUUACGAGAUGGAGCUUAGUCCGGAAAAGGGAAAAUACGCGUUACCAGAGAAGGUGAACAGAAAGCCGCUUAAGAUUGUAAAGAAGAAGACACAUGCGGUCGAGAAGCCCAGGCUGGUAGAGGAUCCGGCUUCUACCGAUCCAGCUAUGCGCUCUUCUCCACCCCAAGUUGCCCCAGUUGGAAGCGACAGCAUUGCCGUUGAUACCGCCAGAGAAGAGAUUCCUUCAAGUAAAGCAGAUUCCCAUGUCGAUGCACCCGGAGAUGUAAGAAUCGAGGAGAGCCUUGAUAAUGGGAAACCCAGAUGCACAGCAGUCUUCUACAAGCAUGAUAAAACCACGGGCCCAGCUUACAGGCAAUGUUUACGCACUGGCACCGGUCAGACCGACGAUGGUUUCAGAUGCGGAAUUCACCUCAGUAAGCCCCCUACUGUUCGUUGUGAGGAGACGGUGAUUUCCGGCAAUGUUACUACGCAGUGCUACAGGACUGCUUCUAAGGUAACCGCCAACGGUUCACGAUGUCCGACUUGUAUCGAACAACAAGGUUAUGAAGCAUCACCGCGUAGUAAGCGAAAGUCGGCACCGAUCCAUCAAGAGGACCAACCUGCGAAGAUUCUAAGAAGAAAAAGUGAACGUACGAGUAAGCAUGCAUCUUCCGAAAAGAAUGAAGACCAAGCGAGGGAUUUGCAAGAAGAGAGCUCGAAUCCAGCAUCCGCUAAGAAACGGGGGAGACCACGAAAGGAUGGUAGCGGUGCUUCUACCGAACUGAACCACCAACUUCCAACAAGAACACGCGAGAGCAGAUCCCUACCAGCGAUAUCGCAGGAAGUUCCAGCAGUGCCUGAAGAUACGCCUGGCGAUGGAAACCCAGAGUAUAAAAUUGACACAGUCUUCAGUUUUCUUGACCUCGAAGAACGUCAAGGGGCAUGCCAGACUAAACGUGCCAGGAAGGUCUUACGCAUGUGUGAAAAGUAUUGUGCAAACUUCCAGGAUGACACUCAUUCAAUAGACGCUGUCACGCAAGACGCCACGAAAAUACAACAGACGCUACAACAGACGCUUCAGGAUUACAGCACCGAAAUCGGGAAAAAACAUCAACUUUCAUUCAAGAGUGAUGCAUACAGCUUUGUCUUUCGCUCUCUUACGCUAUAUCUUCGAGACUUACAUGACUGGCUAGUCAAAACACACAAGUCUGCAACAGAGUCUUUAGAAAGCUUGCAUAUAAUAACCCCGUUGGUGCAGGAGAUCGUAGCAUUCAAUGACGCAAUCAGCCACUGGAAGGUCACUGUACCUCAGCGUCACAAGGGUGACAGAGUAGUCAAGGAUGUCCAAAGCCGACUAAUUGCACCCCUGCGGCGGGUCAGCCAUUCACUUCUUGUUCGUCUAAGCCAACUCCAGGAGGCAGAGGAACGUCGUGAGCAAUAUGAGGAAAUGGAACGGAGGGUCAGAGAACGCCGCGAUACACAGAGUGAACGAAUUCGAGCCAUCGAGGCAAUGGAGGAACGGAAGAAGCGCUGGCAAGACCUUCAUAUCGUUCGAAUGCAAUGCGAGCCUGAUGUAUACAGGCGACGCAAGCUGUUCCAUACCAGAUUUGAAGAUUUGGUGGAGAGAGAUGCAAAUGGUGUAGUUUUCGAACGAUUACCUAUCUUCAAAUCUCGCUCUGCUCCACCGCACAGUCAGGUUUCAGAGUUUGCAGAUGAGGUGGAAUGGACUGAAGAUGAAGAGACCGCUGUGCUCGAGGGGUUGCAGUACUGUGCGGGCCCACGCGUCUUUGAAAAGAUGUUCAAAACGUAUUGUGAUCCCAGGUCCUCACAUCCACGUGGGGGCGAUUUGCGUAACCGUAGUGUUGCAGAGAUCAUUUCAAAGGCGAGAUGGAUUCGGUCGACGAUGUUGACCCUGCGUCAAGAAAACGGUGAGCCGGUGGAGGACUGGGUGACUGGGAUUCCGAUUUUACCGUAG